AUGGGUCAAGCUCUAUCCGACGAGACGCCGCGGCAGAUGACACACGAGGAGCUCACUCGUGAACUGGCAAGCCGCUUCGCCGAGAAAUGCUUCAGUUCCAUCGAGCUCUACUCCUUCAAAGACGUCUUCAAGAGCCUGGCCGAUUCACAGGGCGACAUCCGCUACCUAAAAGAAGACACCAUCGCCAGGUUCCUCGAGAUACCCGACAUCCUCCAUGUUUCCCCCGUCAUAUUUCAGAUGGUGUCUUAUAUCGGUGCCUUCCCGUUCCUCCAAGAUGCCCCGGCAGUCCUUGGUCUCGAGCAGAUGAUUAUGGUGGUCGUCAUCAUGACGGCAAGGUACAAAAGAGUGUUGGCCAAGGGAGCGAGUGACCGGGCGAAGCUGGUGUUCAAGAGUCUUGCAGUCCACGACAGGAAAGCAUCCAUAGCUGCUGCCGAAGGCUUGAAGGAGGGACUCCAGGAAAGUUCUGAAAGCAACGCAGAGGAGGCCGACAGGGAUGCCGCCAAGGAUGAACCAGCCAGAAGCCAUGUAGCUGGCUUUGCUGUUGAUGAACCCGCGGAAGACGAAGACGACGAAGACGACGACCUCGAGAUUGCGGCCUUUGAACUCCUCGACAUCAACGACGCUGUCCGACAGGGAGAUGCCCCCACAGUUCAUGGAGCCAUGAUACCAGCCGAUAACUUCCGCAAGCUCCUCAUGUUGCUCAUCCUGAUAGCUCCCCUGACCCCGCAGGAGCACCUGUCAAUGUACGCGAAUCGAGUUGUGGGCGAUGAGCUCGAGAGUCUUCGCGCCACUGCCGAAAAUAUCCUGGCCGCCUUCUUGAACGUUGAAAAGGCACCCGGCAUCAAGUUCGGUCACUUCAACCGCGUGAUACCCGUUUGCUUCCCAUAUCUCUUCAACGGCUUCAACCCAUUAUUUGAGCAUUUCCUCUUUUCCAAAAGCCUGGACUUCAACAAGCACAAGGGCGACGAUCCAGCUGCCGAAAAGGCGCCCGAGGAGGUCGUUCAGCCACUGUUGCAAGACAGCUCUGAUAUUCUCAACUUGAAUGUCCUAUCUCAGUUGUCGUUCUUCCUACCUGGAUCCGACCUCUUCCGCCGACUGAGACUGCUCUACUCUGGCAACGACGCUGGAUUCUCCAUGGGCAGCUUCGAAAGCAAGGUGUUCAACUGGAGAGCACCCACCAUACUCCUUGUGCGCGGCAGCCGCAUCGACGACGACCCUCAGGGUGGCCCGGAAGCGACCUUUGCGUCUUCUAUCCCGCCGCGGCGCUUCCCGCACGGCAGCAAGGGCGAACGCCUCACAUUUGGUGUCUACAUCAGCCCACCCUGGAAGCACACAACCAAGGAAUGCUUCGGCGAAACGGACAGCGUGUUGUUCCAGCUGGAACCCGUUCACGACGUAUUCCCUGCGUCCAAGUACAACACGGACUACGUAUCCUUCACGAAGCUACCGCACAACCGGCCCAUGCUGGGCGUGGGGUGCCCUCACCCCCGACGGACGCAAGCCCACCGGCGCAAUACGAUGAUGUCCGUUGGCUCGGUUUCUCUGCUUCUCGACGAUUCCUUCGAGUAUGGCGUGUUCACGCAUGACUGGACGGCAGGCGGCGGCGCGUUCCAGACCAGCGUGACCCGCAAGUUUGAUUUCCAGGACAGGUUCCAGAUCGAGAGUCUCGAGGUCUGGGGCUGCGGUGGUGAUGAGGAGGCCAAGGUGCAGGCUGAGCGUUGGGCAUGGGAAGCGCGGGAAGCGGAAGCCCGUCGCAAGAUUAACCUUGGUUCCGGUGACAUCGAAGCCGAUCGCGCCCUGCUGGAGAUGGCUGGGCUCAUCGGGCAGAACCGCAGCGGAGGCUCUGCCCUAUAG